AUGGAUAUCGUGGUCAUUGGGGGUGGCAUUAUUGGCUCGUCGAUUGCAUGGCAUCUCGCUCCUCACGCUAACGUCACCGUUGUUGCUGAGAAGCUCGGUGGUGUAGCAACUCCGUUAUCCUUUGCCUGGAUCAACUGCUAUACCCAAGAUGAUACCUACUACCAUUUCCGCAACCGCUCUAUGGAUCAUUGGAUGGAAAUUAGCAAGGAGUUGCCCAACCUCAACAUCAAGUUUAACGGCGGCCUGACGUUCAACAUGCCUCCUGAUGAGCGCGAGAAGUACUACAACCUACAGAAAGAGCGGGGUUACAACGUCAUUCGCGUGAACCGGACUGAGAUUCACGACAUAGAACCCAACUUAUUGGACGAGUACACACCUGACUGGGCCGUGUACGCUCCACAAGAGGGUCAGAUGGAGGCGGAACUAGUCGCCAUCGACUUGAUCUCCCAUGCGAAAGCUUCGGGUGCCACGAUUCUCGAACGGACUGUGUCCGGCUUCCUCAAAGACGGUCACGGGAACGUCAAGGGUGUUGUUACUCCCGAGGGUCACGUCAAGGCUGACCACGUGGUGAUGGCUGCUGGCCUUGGCAGUGUCGACCUUCUUGCUGCAGAGAACAUCACACUUCCUGUUCAACCCCGCGAGGGUUUGCUUGUCAACUCACUUCCGGCGAAAAUGGGCAUGGUUCGAACUGUGUAUAACGGCGAUCCCCUGCACAUGCGUCAAACCAGUUAUGGGGUUAUCAGGUCCAGCCGCGACUUCGCCGGUGGUACUCCGGGCGAUGACCCCCAAGCCCAUGCCAAUGAGGUAUUCGCUUGGACCCAGAAUGCAUUGGUUGACGGUCAUGAGCUGCAGUAUGGCAAUUACACCAUCGGCCGGCGGCCACAACCGGACGAUGGACUACCCAUUCUGGGGGCUACCGGUUUGAAUGGCUUGUCUGUCGCCGUUAUGCACUCUGGUGUUACAAACGCAGCUAUUGUUGGACAGCUGAUGGCGAAGCUGGUACUGACGAAUGUCACUGACCCUCUCAUGGAACCCUUCCUUUUAAGUCGAUUCUAG